AUGUUAGAGCUUUGUUUUUUCCAGAUGUCUUCGGUGGGACCUUCGCAAGAUAGAGCCCUCAUUAUAGCUUUGUUCGAGAAAGGUCAACAUGUUGAAGAAUUCGAGAGGUUAUCUAAAGAAAUCAGACGGUUAUACUCAGUCUUUGAAGAAUUCUUGAAGAGAAAUCAAAGUCAGUACGGAUCCAAAUUUCUCGUGGGGGACCAUAUUUCUGUGGCUGAUAUUUUGUUCCUUAGUGUAGCGGUGUUUUUACCUAUCAUUGAUAUACCAAUCACUGACUUUCCCUUGAUGAAGGAAUGGGCUACUGAUUUGUUGGAGAUUCCUGAGAUCAUCGAAGGUUUCACUUCCCCUACUUUGCCUUACAUUUGGGAUGACUGCUUGCCUCCUAUUGUUAAAGGGGAUAUCUAG